UAGAUCCUCCUUCGCCAGGACGGUUCUGCCAAGUUCGAGGCUAGUAGAUGAGCGUGCUGCUUUAGUUGGUGGUUUGCAGAUUCUCUAGCUCAAGUUCUGAAUAAUUUAAUGUCUUCUUCUAGUUCGUUUCACUUGUUUAAUUGUACCAUAUUUGUUUUGUGAGCAGAAUCAUACUCUUGCUUUAUCUGAAUUGAAUGCCUGAAUUACUUUAUGAGGCACCCCAGCCCCCGUUGUUCUCUGUUCAGUUGCCUUUCAUUACCUUCAAUGCUGGCCGUGGGAAAUCCCACAACAUGCAUCCUGUCUCAUACUGUGCAUCUCAUAUUCUCAUUGCAGCUACCUCCCCAUCAUUGGCCGCGAUGUUGCAAUCGAAGUGGUGCUCGUGCGUCGACCGCAAUUGCUUUGAUGGAAAGUGUGCUUGUUUCACAACGGAAGGGGUGUGCUCUCAGGACUGUGGGUGCCGUGGUGAGUGCGAGAAUAUCAUGAAGCUGGAUAAUGAUGAUGUUAUCAGGAAGCAAUUCGCUGAAUACACCAAGAACAAAGCUGCUGCUGCCGCCCAAGCUGCUGCUGCCGCCCAAGCUGUUGCUGACCAAGCUGCCGCUGCCCAAGCCGCCGCUCAACCUCAACCUAAGCCAUUGCCAGCACGAGAACCAGGGAAUACCAUCACAUGGUGCGCGUGCAGGACGAACGGAUGUCGAAUGCAUCGCUGCAAUUGCUACGAGUUCAAGGUCAGGUGCACCUCCAAAUGCACGUGCAAAGCAACAAUAUGUGUUAAUCGCUUUGGGCUCAGAGGGGAUGGUUCCAACGCUGAAUCAGGAGGGCAGCGAGGUACCACUAGCACACCUGACGGAAGCACUUCUCAGACGCUUGCAUCACGCUCUUCUGCUGCCCAAGCUGCCGCUCAGACGCUUCCCUCGAGCUUUUCUGCUGCCCAAGCUGCCGCUCAAACGCUUCCCUCGAGCUCUGUUGUGGCGCCGGAUACCAAGACUAAGGCAUUGCCAGCACGAGAACCAGGGUCUAAGCACAAGCCAUGCCGCUGUGACAAGUGCAAGUGUGAAAACAAGUACUGCGUAUGUUUCAAGGCUGGCUUGCCUUGCUGUGACCGCUGCAAGUGCAAGGACUGCAAUAACAGCAAGACCAGUGAGGAGAAGCGGCAGGACCUCAGGAUUAAAAGAGAGGUUCCUGCUUCAGCCAAGGACAUGCCCGGAGGUCAACGAGGUACCCGCAGCAGCAGCAGCAGCGCCGUCGAAUCGGCAGGCAAACGGCCAAAACACGUUUGAUGAUAAACAGCCAUAUAUAGGCUUCGGACAUACCAGAGUCACCUUCCUUACUUACCAAUCUCAAGACAAUUGCCACUCACCUCACCUCCU